AUGAACAGUGAGAUAAAUCAAACAAGCUUCUUCUCUCCGUCCUCAAUGAGGUGUGAAGAUGACAAGGCUUUGUUAUUCCGUGUGAUGUCUCAAAUUUCUACAAUAUCUAAGAGUUAUAAUGGACUCUUUGAAAAGCGUUUAGAGACUUCAGACAAGCUUUGCAAUGAAUUAGUUUCUAUUCAAGAAGAAAUAGAAAAAGCUAAAAACGACUUGAUGCUGAAAAAAAUUAAAAAUAUGGACUUGGAAAUUCACCUGGAAGAACUGAAUAAGAACGAAGAGGAGAAAGAAAUGUCUGUGAUGGACUUUCUUCGCCAAAUGUCAAAGGAAAAGCCAAUCAGUCCAUCAAAAAGUCCACAACCCCCCGCGCAAAGUUCUCCCACGACAAGUCCCAAGAGAUCAAAUGAUUUGUCAAUAACUUCCGGAUAUACUAAAUAUAUGAAACUCAAGUCGUCUUUUCUGAAGAAAAAAGAAAACAAAACAAAAGACAAGAAAUCCGACGAGGAAAUGAGUCCUUCCAGUCAAAGCCCAAAAUCGAUAAAUAUGUCAAACUCAAAAAGUUUCCAUUUUCCUUAUACCCACAGUCCAAAAGAAAAAAAUUAUGACGACCGCAAACGACUUGUUGUCGGCUCAAUUAAAACUCUCUUUGAAAACAAAAAAAAGAGUCGCCGUUCACUCGACCCAAACUGCCAAUUCGAAAAAGACUGCUUGGACUCUGCUAAAACACAAAAGGACGACUGUUUAGAUACUUAUAUCUGUGUAAGGUCCCAAACACCAACUAUUAAGCCAGAAAUUCACUUGUAA